CAUCACCUUUUUCACUUCACAGUUCAUUUAGGUACGCGCUGGAUAAUCACUGCCUUUGAGAGUUGUGAAUUGUUGGGUGAUUUUUGUGUGUGUGUGUGUAUUAAUUUUAAAAGUUUGUUGUUCACUCUGGCUCCCUCAGCCUAUCUGCUGGGGAGAGCUGUUCAUAUUUUCUCAGCAUUUUGCAGAAUAUUUGCUUGCUCAGCUUGAAACAAGUCAGAACUUUCAGCCAUGCCUAGCAAAGAAGUUAAAUACUCUGGGGCAUGUGCUUUAAAAGUGAGCCCAGAGCCUUAUUAUGAAAACCUAAGGCCAACACUUCCUCUCUCCCAGGGCCACGAGGAAAUGCUGGUCGCCCUCUGUGAAGCAGGAUCUGCCCUCCUGGCUGCCAGCUCGAGCUCUGCCUCUGGCAGAGGUUUUCCCAGGAAGAGCCAUCUGCUAUGUGUAAUGAAAUAGUCUCUCCUAAAAGACAAACUGCAGUGACCAGACUCACUAUGCUAAGGUCACGCUAGCAAAGCAACACUGAAGCUUUCGUCUAGCUUCUCAGCUCGGAAACAAAAUGCUUGAACUGCGUGUCUUUUGCCUUGUAGCGCAGAGUCAAACUGCAGACCUGGUCGGCUGCUAAGACCCAAAGAGAGCACACAAGGGUGCACAGAGCAAGAUGCCUCACUUUAUUGGACAGUGUCUCAGAACUGUUUGACAGCUAGACUGACCUUCUGUUCAACUCUUGCUGAGUGGGAAUGAUGUACAAAAAUCAUAAUUGCUUGCUGACCUAAAUGACUAUGAGGGAAACUUCAGGCUAAAAUGAGCAGAACAAGGAACAUUUUUCACUACCAAAGUGUUACACCUACGAGGGUGACCCCAUGUUAAUUUUAACAAAUUCUGGCUCUUCAAAAAUUAGUGUUUCAUUACACAAGAAGCUCAAAAGUAUUGUUCACAUGUGAGGAAUCCUGCAAACACUUGCAUAACAUGGAAGACAACAUGGAUAUUAAAAACGUAUUUAAAACGGAGGAAAAUACUUGCUGUGUAAGGGAUGUAUCACAGAAUGGUGAUGACCUAACUAAUUUUAACAGUAUGGUCUGUGCCACUGCUGGAAAAGCUGAGAAAAAUUGCAGCAGACAGGUGCAUUCCCACCCUACAGAUCCGUUCACUGAUUGUACAGACAACUGUUGCCUUCACAUGGAAGACUUUCUUUCUGGUCAUUGUCUGGCAGACGUCCAGGCAUGUGAAAAGAUUGAGCUGGAUAGAUCUCAACCCAGGAAUGCCCUGCUGAGUGAGUGGGACAGUCCCAUAGUAAAUCUCAAUUAUUUUGUAAAAGAUGAUCCUGAAAAUUCUGAUAGUAUUGUGGAAAUCUAUCCAAGUGUAAGCGAUGACUUUUGUGAUGACGACCUUGAGUAUUUAGAAUGUUCAGAUGUGCUGACGGUACGUGACAAUGAAAUCUGGGAAAAGAAAUUACAGUUCUUAUUAGAAAGCGAUGAUGAAGAUGAUUUAAAGCUGAGUAAGGAUUGUGAUGGGUGUGCUUACUUCCUCAGUGAAAUGCCGUGCCUGCUUCAAGUGUCAGAUAACACUACGCCUAUGGAUACCACCAUUGGCCUCUGUGGUCAUCACUCAAAAUUCAAAGGAGUAAAUGUAAGGAGAGACCCCUCUACUUACAGCCAGUCCACUCUGCAGACAGAGAUGACUCUAACUGUUGGACACCACCGGGAGAAAACUACAGGUUUGAAAGACAAAGAGAACUGUAAAGUGCCAGUUGCACCUGCAGCCCUUGAAAAUGACUACCUUAAAACGGAAGAAAAUAGUAAUGGAAGUGUCCGGUCAGCUGCAGAUUUCUCACCAGAUAAACCGCAGAAUGGGGAUAAUGCACAUGCGAUGGCGGACUCCUCUGCUGGUGAUGCAGGUGCUGCUUUGACAAAUUUGACCUCAGAAACAAUGACAGAAGGCAAUGUGGAUGCGGAUUUGGUGGAUGAAAGCUCACUGACACCAGAAGAAGAGAAAAGAAAUCUGCUGGAAGAAAAUGCGAGGCACGCUGUCUCUACCUUAACAGAAAGUCUAAGAAGAAACCUUUUAAAGUUGUUGAAUCCUAAAGAGCUUUGCAGAUAUGUAAGUAAUAUAGGUCAGUCUUUUCAGACUGCAGCAGAAAUUGAAUCCAGUGCUUUGUUUCCAAGUCAGGAAGGUGUCCUUUCAACACAAAUCUGCGAGGAGACGGAAAGCUUGCAAAUGCAGGCUGGUUUGUGUCAUACAGAAGAGGCAGAUAAAGGCUCUCGUUGGGAACAGAAAAGGACUUGGGGCUUGUCUGAGCAAAAUCAGAUGCCAUCUGAAAAUGUCUCACCCACGAAUCAAAGUGACAGUCUUAAAGUCUGUGCCCAGAACUGUGAUAGACAAUGUAUGGAGCCUGAAACAGAAAAGGAAGGCAACUCCAUGACUUGUGAGAGUGUAGGAGUCAUCCAUUCAGCUUCAGAAGCACUCCAUACUGAGAAGACAUUACAAACAAAAAAUGCAAAUUUACAGACCUAUUUCCAACACGAUGCUCCUUGUGAUAAGGGAGAAAGUUGUCACCAAAAAGGCUUCUGGAAACAAGAAACAGAUAUUAGUAGUAAUGACAAGAAACCUAAGAAUGACACUUCACCUUUUCCCUUAUGGGACACAGGCUCUGUUCCUGAUAAACAAGAAUGUUUAUGCGCUGUCCUCUCUUCUGCAAAGCUGUGUGAUGAGCCAAGGGAGAGAGGGCAAAGGUGUGAUUUUGACUCACAUGACAGCAAUGACACAGAUACUCUCUGCAGUGUAUCAUGUGGUGCAUCUCUGUUUGAAGCUAAUCCCCAGUCAGUUCUGGAAUCUGGAGAACCUGGGUGCAAAGGAGAUGCCAAUUUAGCUGCAGUGCAUGACAAACUGUGGAAACUUCUUCAUGAAGAUGACUCAGACUGUCAAAUCCCAUUUAAAAACUGUGGAAUCACAAGUUUGGAAAUGAGGCCGACAGACACCAGAGUCACAGAAAUGAACUUCUUGCAGGAGACCUGCUCUGAUCAUCCUUUGCCUCAAAAUGUGAUAGAACAGCAGGAACUUAUUACACAACCACCUACUGGAGAAAGAACAGAGAAAGAAGACUGCAGUGUUUCUAAUAUCCUACUGAAAACAGAUGAAGCAUAUCAUAGUGUAUCCAGAGGAAACAUUUUUCUUACAGAAGCAGGUGGUACGUGUCUAAGUUCUAGCAGUGGAAAUAAAGCAGAAACACUACCUGUUUGUACUUCAAAAGAUGUCUUAAAUGCAGAGGUGUGCUUGGAGCAGAAGCCAAAUCAAACAAUAACUGGCAGUAAUGGAUCCAUUCGAAGGACAGUUUCUUGGGAAGGAAAUCUUACUGUUAAUAAUGCUUUCCAAACACGUGAUGCGGAAUCCCCUCAAGUAUUAAAAAGUGCUCAGAGUAGUGAUUUCACAAGGGACAAUGAAAAUUCAGCUUAUGUGUUAGAGAAGUCACAUUGGACAACUAGACAGUUACUCCAUGCUGAACAGAGCAUACCAUUGGUAAAUAAGACUAUAACUGAGAGCACAGGUGAAGAUGACUGCCAUUUUAAAGACUGCUAUCCAGCAAGAAAUAAUCUGACAUAUUUCCCUGAAAGGCAAUUUGUUGUCCCCAGUAAUUCCUCUGAUGAAAAUACCCAUCAGUUUACACAUGGAAGACACACUUCUGUUAACACCAUAAAUAAAAGUUGUGGAGACGAGAAACAAAAUCACUCAGACUUGAGAGCACAAAAUGGCACUAAUUCUGGCAGUAAUCAUCAUUUGAAAAAUUAUGACUGUCAAGAUGUUCCAAUUGUUUCUGAUGCACAGAAGUACAGUUACGUAAUGAAACUGCCCGAUUUAACUAAUGCUCCUGAAAACAUAACCUGUCAGAAUCUACCUCACAAUACAUACCAAAUGACAGAGUUACAAGAACAAGAAAUAGUACUCACUCCCUCUUGUGAGAAUCCCUCAUUAACAGAUUUUUGUGUAGAAGUGCCUAAAUACGAACCAAGUAAAACAGAAAAAGAACAGAGAGGCAUUUGCGUAGGAGAUGAACGAGGGGGUGAAACUUCCCUCAGCUCUGGAGUUAGAGAUGCAGAGAGUCAGCCUGCAGCUUCCCCUCCCAACAUGUCAGAACAACAGCUAUUUUUUCCCUGCAAAACUUUUAUGUCUGAUGAAGAGUUAAAACCCGAUUCUUCCAAUAGUUGUACAUAUGCAUCUGGCAAUGUAACAUCAGCACCAGUUAGUACCCCACUGCCAAGAAUGCUUCAAAAUGAGUACAGCAGCAUAGCAAAUGAUGAUUACAGAGAUGUCAGCAAUCAAAUGGAUACCCAGCAAGUAACCAUAGGAGAAACAUCACCAUUCUUCAUACCUGCAAGCCAGCCAAAGGGCACUAUUGAUAGUAUAUCAGCAAUGGGAUCAUCUGGCACCGGAAGUCAAACACAAGCAGAAUGCACACAAAUUGUUGUCAAAGUAGGUGAAAAAUUGAGUAAGUCGAGAGCUUUCUGCAGAGUGUUGCAGGAUGAGUUCCAUAAGGUACCUGAAGCAAACAAGGAGAGAGCAACCUUGUGUGAAAAUAAACAAGAGAUUCAAAGAACUACUGAGUACAGCCCAGAUGAUACUGAAAUGAAGUUUCCUUUGCACACUUUAAUUAGCUCCAAGGCUCAAAGACAGGUAAGCAAUAAUAUCACUAAGCAGUCCUCUCCUGACUUGAUCUCUUCCAGCAAGCUGACUGACUUUGACUAUUCAAUUAAGUCUACUCCGUUUCAUAAAGAUGGAGAUGUCAUGACAUCAGAGGCUGCAGUAGGUGGUUUAGUUGGUUUGCCACCAGGUGAUUCAGGAGACAACCUCUGUUGUCAAAGGCAGCCACCCUACAGUAGUACUCAGCUACACUCCUUAGCGUUGACCGCCUAUGAUCCAUUCCCUGCUGAUGCAAAAAGGCAAGAGAGUCAAGAAAGAUGGAAGCCCUGCCAGACCUCACCAGCUGUUGCUGAACCUGAGCCCAUCAAAUGUAAGCAACACAUAGCAAGGAGUGGGAAUCUAGCUACUGGAGCAAAGAAGAAAUUACCUCCAGCAACACUAUCAAAGAAGCCCCGACUGGCAGAGAAGGGAAAUGUCAGCAAGGAUCCUAGCUGUCUUAAAAGUGAGGCCAACAUCAUCUAUAAAGAAAACAAAAAAGAGCAAAGGAAGCUAAUUUCAAAGGAGAGCAAAGCUCCCAAGCUGCUGAAGAAAAUCCAGGCGGAACUGUUUCCUGACUGCUCUGGAAAUAUUAAGCUGUGCUGUCAGUUUGGAGAUAUUCAUGGAGACUCCACCAUUACAUGGACUAAAGACUCCAAGUUACUCGCUCAGCUGCAGAGAAAUGCCCAGGAUGACUCUCCCGUCUCUUUGGCAAUAGCUAAAGCGAGUAACAAAGACCAAGGAAUGUAUUAUUGCUGCUUGAGUAACGUAUACGGAAGGGUGACUGCAGAGUUUAAUUUGACUUCUGAAGUCUUGGAACAUCUUUCAAAUUUUCAGAGCUUUGAAGGUGUCGAAGAAAUUGAAUUCAUGCAGCUCAUGUUUAGAGAAGAUUUCAUCUGUGACAGCUAUUUUGGUGGGAACCUGCAUGGAAUAUUAGCUACAGAAGAGCUUCACUUUGGUGAAGGCAUGCACCGGAAAGCCUUCCGAAGUAAAGUGAUGCAAGGCCUCGUGCCAGUUUUCAGUCCUGGACACCCUUGUGUUCUCAAAGUGCACAAUGCUAUCACAUAUGGGACCAAGAGCAAGGAUGAUCUAGUUCAAAGGAACUACAAGCUAGCACUGCAGGAAUGCUAUGUCCAGAAUACUGCAAGAGAGUAUGCGAAGAUAUAUGCAGCUGAAGCUGAACCUUUGGAAGGCUUUGGAGAAGUACCAGAGAUCAUUCCUAUUUUUCUUGUUCAUCGCCCUGCUAAUAACAUCCCCUAUGCAACAGUGGAGGAGGAGUUGAUUGGGGAAUUUGUGAAAUACUCCGUCAAGGAUGGGAAGGAGAUCAAUUUCCUGAGGAGGGACUCAGAGGCUGGCCAGAAGUGUUGCACCUUCCAGCACUGGGUGUAUGAGAAAACCAAUGGGAACUUGCUUGUCACUGACCUUCAAGGUGUAGGAAUGAAACUAACUGACGUUGGCAUAGCAACAUUGGCCAAAGGGUACAAAGGUUUUAAAGGCAACUGCUCCAUUUCCUUCAUUGAGCAGUUCAGAGCCCUCCACCAGUGCAAUAAGUACUGCGAGAUGCUGGGUCUGAAAUCUCUCCGAUCCACUCAUCAAAAACAGAGGAAACCAACAUCCAUGAAAAGCAAAACUCUACCAAACUCACCAGCUAUUAAGAAGACAGUAUGCAAGAAAGCAAGAGAACCUAGAGACUUCACAUCUUCAGAGCACUGAGUAGCACUGUCCCAGCAUGUGAAAACUCCUCUUGGGGAUAUAAAAUAGUGGUAGGCACCAAUGUUCUUACAAGAGAAUAAUAUUUGGGGAUAUUGUUAUGAAAUCAUCCAAUGCUGAUGCCAGCAACGGAGAAAGGAGAUGAUUCUGUCAUGUAGAUACCGGAGAUUUAACACAAGAGCAAGAUUUUGAAGGUAAACUCAGCCACCUGCCUGGAUUAUUUUACAACUGUUCUAUGCACUGGUAUCUGUAUAUUUUGAGUCUCGGCCAUUGAAUGCACCACGAGUCUCCGGAGAACAUCUUCUCUUCUGUUUGUGUGUGCAUGUGAACCUGUGGUUCAGCUGUAACGUAACAGCAAAGUGUUUAAGAUGCCACUUAGUAAAAAAUUUUGCACAGUA